AUGGCCGACGCCGACGCCACGUGCCGCAUCUGCCGCGGCGAGGCCACGCCCGCCCAGCCGUUGAUGCAUCCGUGCAAGUGCCGCGGGCUGAUCAAGUACAUCCACCAGGACUGCCUUUUGGAGUGGCUCGAGCACGCCAGCGGCAGCACCAAGAAAUGCGACAUCUGCGCCACGCCGUACCGCUUUGUGACGCUCUACGACCCCGCCAUGCCGCGGCGCAUGCCCAUGCGCGAGAUCGGCACGCGGCUCGUGCUGCUGGCCAAGGAGGCCGUGGUCAAGUACAUCUCCGCGGCGCUCUACGUGGCGUGCGUGUGCCAGGUGCCCGUGUACUGGAAGCUUGUCGGGCGGCUCUGCACGUACGCGGCGGACGGGCGCAUGCCGGCGGCCGGCCUCUCGUUGCUCCACGUGGUGGCCUACGGGCAGGCGUUCACGAGCCCGCACGCCCUGCUCUGGGAACGGGCGCAGACGUUCUUCUCCCACACGUACGUGGGCGGCGCGCUCCAGGUUGUGUUGUGCGUGUUUGUGCUCUUUGUCGUGUUUGUCGAGCACGAGUGGGUCGUGCGUGAGGAGGGCUACACGAAGCUGCUCUUGCGGCACGUGGGCCGCGAGCCCAAGACCAAGUUGGCGGACUUGCUCGGCCUGCUUGCCGCGGACGGCGCGGACGCCCUGCCGCCCGAGGCCGGCAACGGCCCCUCCCGCGAGCUCAUGGCCGCGCGUGCCUUGGAGUAUCUCCAGCAGGACGCGCUCGAGCCGCUUGCCGACAGCCCGCUACACGACGCGUUGGCGAACGGGCAGCUCGACGAGUUGGUGCGCCGCCGCCCCGCGCUGGCGACCGGGUCCGGCCCGGCUCUUGGCCUGCCGGGGGUCGAGAGUGACGGCGACACGGCCGCCACGCCCGACGACAUUGCGCACGUGCCUCCUAGUGAGGGCCUGCCCGGCGACAUUGGAGGCGCCCGGCCGGCUCCGGCGGCGCUCGAGCUCGACGACUCUGACGAGGAAACCGCGGAGGAGCUCGAGCGCCGGCGCAACCUCGCCGAGGACGAGAUGGCCGUGGCGGAGGCCGCCAACAACAACGGCAACAUCUUCGAGGUCUUGGGGCUCCGCUUGCAGAUCGCCACGCCGAUCCAGUUGACUUUCGUGGUCAACUUGGCCGUGCUCGUGCUUUUGUUCACGUUGUACUUCCUCCCGCACAUGAUGGGCAGCUUCGUGGCCCUCGUCGUGCUGUACGCGCUCGUGGGGCUCCACGGCGGCUUCAUUGCGCCUGUGCUCCGCCACGUACCCACGUCCAGGGCUCACCGGGCCUAUGUGGCGGUCUUUGCGCUCGACAGGGCCACUCCCCCGGACCACACGGGGCGCUUCGCGUUCCUUGCCAUUGGCUAUGCGGUGGUGUGUUUUGCCAUCUGCCAGCUCAUGGCCGCAUUGACUUCCGGCGGCACUCCCAUCACGGGCAACGCCCGCAGGUUGUACAAGGUGUUGUUCCAGAUGACCGCCACUUCUAAAGUGUUUGUCAUUUUCGCCAUCGAGAUCGUCUUCUUCCCCGCAUACUGUGGCUGGCUCAUCGACUUCUGUCUUGCGCCCCUACUCGUGUCCGACAUUGUCCAGGCCACCGAGGCGGGGCCUGUUUAUCACAUCUUCUUGACGUCAGCUUACUCAUGGACACUGAACUUCAUCAUGCGGACAUUUUUGUAUUGGAUGUGGGGGACCGCGUACAUGUUCUGCAUCGCUUUGUUUGUCAGCAUGACGAGAAACCACAUCUUGCGCUCCGGCGUGCUCUAUUUCAUCAAAAGCCCCGAGGACCCCAACGCCAGGCUCAUUCAUGAUGCGGUGGUGAAACCGUUUUUCCUCCAGAUGCUGCGCAUUCUUCUUAGCGCGAAGGUUUACAGCGCUUUUGUCGUGUUUGGAAUCGGAGUCGUGACGUGGGGGCUCCGGUUCUUGGUCAAUGCGCCUGCCUCAAAUGGCGCCUUGCUUCCCAUAAAACAGUUUUCUAUUUUUACAUGGCAGUUCGCACUCAUCACCGGAAUGUCCAUCUUUAAGGCGGAGCCGGUGAUCACAAAAUAUUGCCGCAUCUUUUGGAAAAGAGCGUUCGCUGUGUUGUGUCACAGGCUCCGCUUGUCGCACUUCUUACUUGGUACGCUCGUCCCUCAGGAAAGAGGCCAUAUCUUGUACAAAAACUUCAUCAGUGGUUUCUUUAAAGUCGGCGAGCCUGAUUAUACCAAGCCCGUGAGCUACUCCGAAGCAAUGAACCUUUUCAAAAACGACUCGUCGGUGACUGCCUGCUUUGUGCCUGACGGCUCAUAUCUUCGUGUACCAAGCAGCGAUGAUAACUCACGCAAGUUCUUGCGAGAGUUAUUUGUUCCCGUGACCAAAUCUGACCAGCUCCUCACUCCGAUCCGCGAAGAAGACCUCGAAGAUGACACAGACUGGUGGGACGAGGAAGUCGUAUGCGAGGAUACAUAUACUGUCGUGUACAGCCCUCCUAACUUCCGGACGAGAUCCCUCGCAUUGGUCGGUAUGGUCUCUAUAUUUGGUGCGCUUCUCUUUAUCGUGAUCCUGCUUCUCGCCUUGAUAAUCGGAAGACCAAUAUUCAGGGCGUGGCUUACCUUCACGGAGUUCAACGCGGCUGCUUUGGGUAUCAAUUUGAAAUAUUCCGAAACGACUGAUUGGUCUUUUGCUGACGUGAACUCCCUCUGCGUCGGUCUAUUGACCCAAUUGGUUUGUCUUUUGAUGUUUGAUUCAGACACCGAGGGAUCGGUCCUUCGUGACUUUGCUGCCAAUCAGAGGCGACGCUUGGCCGAACCCGCCGCCAACGUACGCGGGCUUCUACUCAGGGCUGGAUUGUUUAUGGCGCAGAAGCUUCUACAAGUCUGGUUGUUUGCGGAAAUGCAUUUCUACUACGUGAAUCUGGUCGAAAGCAAGAUAUUCGGCACUAGUCUAAUUUCGGUGGAUGAAGACCAGAUUUUUUUUCAGUUUACGCGGGCUGGUUUUGUAAUGCACUCUGUCAUGGCCCUUGUCACGGUUAUACCCAUGUUCACAUCCCUUGCGUCGGGCAUGCCUGAGAUUCAGUCACUUAGACUUUGGAUGAACCAAGUUGGCCUCAUACCGCUUCUUUUGGGAUCCGUACUCGUCUUAGCGCAUUCGGUGUAUGAAACUUUGUACGGAAAUCUCGUUGGGAACACGGCCAAGUACGUGGACUUGGCCAUUUUCGGCCUGGUCUUGGCCAUUCGCGGCAUCAUGAGUACACGCAGACUACUCCGAGACAUUUCGGAACAGAUCAAGACAGAGAAGUACGUGCGGGGAACGGCGGUGCAGAACGUCGAAGGAGCAGACAAUUAG